UAUCCAUUCCGGAAGUUGUGGUUUUCUACAACACAGUUAGGUGCGCGUGGUCAGCAACAAGACGCCUGGGAGAACUGCCGCUAACAGGUUCAGAGAGUGAGGUGGUUGCUGUAGCAGCAGUAAACACAGCACUCCCGGAGUCACCGUUGUUGGAUGCUGAGCUGCGAAAGGAAAGCUGCUGUCUCACCUGGCUGCUUUGUGUUACAGGCCCUCUCCUGGCUUGGGUCCCUCCACACACUCCUUCCUAUAACACACACACACACACUCACAUUUGACUUUACCUCAGGGCUUUCGUUAUAACUCCACCUCACCUCAGGGCCUACAGAGAGCACUCACUAUUACCAAACACACCCUACAGCCUUUCCAACCACUCCAGCCUGACAUUCAUUGAACUCACACUGCAAAUUUAAUACUGCACCCACACACACACAGGUUCUCUCUCCACAAACACACACUUGGCUUUUGCCUCAUCAGCAGCAUCAUGCUGAGCCAGGAGUUCUUUCAGAAGCUGAGGAUGCCUGAUUUGAAUGAUGUUAGUCAGUACAUCAGGAGCGCCUCUACCCCCAUGUUAGUUAGCAUGGGGGCAGUGGCUGCCGCGACAACCUACUACCUGGCAACACGACCCAAGGCCCUCCCGUCAGUCUGUGACCUGAGCAUGCAGUCAGUUGAGGUUCCGGGUGGAGAUUUGGCGCGCAGAUCACCUCUUCAGAGUGGAGAUGGUCACUUGGCACAUCUAUAUGAUGAUGGCAGGACAUUGUAUGAGUUCUUCCUCAGAGGGGCCAGAGUCUCCAAUAAUGGUCCCUGUUUGGGCUCCAGGAAACCAAAACAGCCCUAUGAAUGGAUGUCCUACAGAGAGGUAAUGGAGCGAACAGAGAAUUUGGGCUCAGCAUUUCUUCACAAAGGACACUCCAAGACCACCGACCCCCACAUUGGCAUCUUCUCUCAGAACAGACCUGAGUGGACCAUCAGUGAGCUGGCGUGUUACACCUAUUCUCUGGUGUCAGUCCCUCUGUAUGACACACUGGGAACAGAGGCCAUUGCCUACAUUAUAGACAAAGCUUCCAUCUCUACUAUAAUAUGUGAUGUGGUAGAUAAAGUCAACUUGGUACUGGACUGUGUUAAGGACAAGACACACUCUGUGAAAACCAUUGUUCUAAUGGAGACCCCCAGUGCUGAGCUGGUCAGCAGGGGGCAACAGGCUGGAAUCCACAUCUUCAGCUUGCAGGAGAUGGAGGCUAUCGGGAAGGCCAACCAUCACCAACCAGUGCCUCCACAACCUGAGGACAUGGCAGUCAUCUGCUUCACCAGUGGAACAACAGGAAAUCCAAAGGGAGCUAUGUUGACACAUGGGAAUAUUGUGUCCAACUGCUCAGCCUUCAUCAAAAUGACGGAGUCAUAUGCUCAGACCACCUCAGACGAUGUCAUGCUAUCUUUCCUGCCUCUGGCCCACAUGUUUGAGAGGGUGGUGGAGGGAGUGAUGUUAGUGCAUGGAGCCAGGAUCGGCUUUUUCCAAGGAGAUAUUCGUCGGCUGCCAGAUGACCUGAACACACUGAAACCCACUGUGUUCCCCGUGGUGCCUCGACUCCUAAACAGAAUGUAUGAUAAGAUCUUUGGCCAGGCCAACACCUCUUUGAAGCGAUGGCUGCUGGGAUUUGCCUACAGGAGGAAGGAGGCAGAAAUGAUGAAAGGCAUCGUGAGGAGAGACAGUAUCUGGGAUCGACUUAUCUUCAGGAAGGUUCAGGCCAGCCUCGGAGGUUGCGUUCGUCUCAUGGUAACAGGAGCAGCUCCCAUCUCUCCUACUGUUCUCACUUUCCUCAGAGCUGCAAUAGGAUGUCAGUUCUAUGAAGGCUAUGGACAAACAGAGUGUACUGCUGGGUGCACCAUGACCAUGCCUGGGGACUGGAGUGCAGGUCACGUUGGAGCUCCUCUGCCCUGCAACUCUGUUAAACUGGUGGAUGUGCCUGAGAUGAACUAUCUGGCUGUAAAUGGAGAGGGAGAGGUGUGUGUGAAAGGUACAAAUGUGUUCCUGGGCUAUCUGAAGGAUCCAGAGAAGACAGCAGAGACUAUUGAUGAGGAUGGAUGGGUUCACACCGGAGACAUUGGAAAAUGGCUUCCAAAUGGCACGCUGAAGAUUGUGGACAGGAAGAAGCACAUCUUUAAGCUGGCACAGGGGGAGUACAUUGCUCCUGAAAAGAUAGAGAAUGUCUACAUUAGGAGUGAUGCAGUGGCACAGGUCUUUGUGCAUGGAGACAGUCUGCAGGCCUGUCUGGUAGCAGUGGUGGUCCCUGACCCUGACUUCCUGUCUGGCUGGACAAAGAGGACACUGGGACUGGAGGGAAGCUACCAGGAACUAUGUGGCAGAAAGGAAGUCAAAGCAGCCAUCUUGGAGGACAUGCUGCGGUUGGGCAAGGAUGGAGGCCUCAAAUCCUUUGAGCAGGUGAAGGCCAUCUACAUCCACACUGAGCUGUUCUCAAUCGAGAACGGCCUGCUUACUCCAACAAUGAAGGCCAAGAGGAACGAAUUGCGGCAACACUUCAAACCCCAGAUAGAAGAGUUGUACGCUGAGAUAAAAAUGUAGGAGGAGAGCAAAGUGCAAGAACACACACCGGAGCUCUACCAAAUGUGUUUUAGAUUUAAAAGUUAGAGGCAGAGAGAGGAUUACAAGCUAAAGCACACAUUGGGAAGCAAAUGAAGAGGUCCUCUCAGACCAAAAGAAUCAUCAGCCUGUUUAGUUCUCAGGGCCAGUGACACUAGAAACAACAGGAACAGGGGGUGAUGUAGCUUUUAAUGGAACUUGAUUUAAAGAAUGUAGAACUAAAUCAAAUUACCUGUAGCAUUUGUGUCACAGAAUACAAAACCUCUGAGGGUCCAGAGUAGAUUUUAUACUUAAAAUGAAUGUGUCCAUUGAUGAAAUAGUUUUACAGAAGCUACAUACAGAUUCUGUGAUAAUGCUUUUUAAUUCUAAUCAGCUAUUUUGUGAUAUUUUCUCCAAUAAGGGAAUUUUAAAGGGACACAAUACUCAUCUCUAGCAUCAGAUAUCUCAGGGAUGCUGGGACAUAAACCACAGCCAGUACCUCCUACACACACACUCACACACUUUUAACACCUUCACACAUCACAUAUUAAACAUUUCAGUGUCUUUGAUGAGAUUUUUUGUCAGAUGUCAAAAUUUUGUUCUACUAUAUUGAGUUUAUUCACUUAAAGUUGAAAUCCACAGUGGAUAACAGGGUUAUUUCUGUUGAAUCUCUUAACUCUUUACAUGAAUAAGCUCAGGAGCCAGCUCAGUGAGCCAUAUUCAAGAUUAGCCAAACACAGCUAGCUGCACACAGGGAAUUCAGGUACUAAAGAACACUCAGGACAUAGUGAAACUGUCAGUGUUUUUAAUUUAUUUAUGACAGGUACAGAAGAGAUUUGCUGAAGGAACCACUUUUCUUUAAUUAUUGUGUUAUGUUAGGGUGAAAAUUUUCCCGAUAACAUUGUUCACAACCUGAAUGAAAUCCUCAUGAAUGUUAAUGGUUGUAAUUUCAUGGAAGUACUUUUGACUGUGGUCUUGCCAUAACUGUUUUUACUGUCAUCUCAGAUUUAUAAAAAAAAAACCAACAAAUUAUUAAAAAUCACCAAACAGA